AUGUGGAGAGUGGUGGUUGCACGGUCGGACGAUAACAGCACUUUGCUGUCGUCGGAGAUCGCCUCCGGGCCUGUCGGUACAGGGCAUCUUCCGAGCUUGCCGGGACCACCGUCUGGUCAUCAUUGGGGUUAUCCACCCCCGCCCCAUCCUUCGUAUCAGCCGCAGCAUCCCGACAUGCGUCAUCAUCACGACAUGCGACCGCCACCUCACGACCUUCGUCACGCGACUGGGCCGGAUCUCAGGGCCCAGGAGUUGAGGCACGACAAUCCGCACAGAUCGGAUCUCAGGCACACGGAGAUGCAAAGGCAUCAGGAGUUGCACAGGGUCGAGAUGUCGAGACACCAGGAUAUCAGGCAUCAGGAGAUGACGGGCAUGAGACCGGACAUGUCCGCGGAAAUGAGGACCGGACACGAGUUUUCUGAUCUUAAGAUCGAUGUCGCUGAUAUGAGGAAUCAAGAACCUGGUCAACAACAGCAACAACAACAACAGCAACAGUCGCAGCAAGGACAAUCUCAUCAACAGAGAAAUUUAAAGAGAGCUAUGAGCGAUUCGGACUGCGACGACGUGUUCUCGGAAGAGAGCGGCAAAGAACCUUGUAAUUCACCCGGAGGCGAUUCCUGUCAGCACGCGUCGCGAAAACGUCGGAGAGGAAUGAUCGAGAAGAAACGUCGCGACAGAAUAAACGCGUCCCUCGGCGAGCUACGAAGAUUGGUACCCGCAGCGGCGAGGGACCCACACAGCGGCAAAUUGGAGAAGGCGGAAAUUCUGCAGUUGACCGUCGAGCAUCUGCGAACGCUUCGGAACAAAGGACCGGAGGGAUACGACAGCACGAAAUUGGCUAUGGACUAUCAUGCGGUCGGUUGGGGGGAGUGCGCGGCCGAGGUGGGCCGUUACUUGGUCACCAUGGAGGGCCUCGACGAGAGAGAUCCACUCAGGCUUCGACUCCUCUCCCACCUGCAGAGCUUUCAUCGCGAACACGCGGCUGGACCAGGGCCAGCGGUGCCCUCCACGGUCCCAGCGGCUACUUCCCUCACGUCGAGCACGUCGACGAGUAGCUACGAACCGGCCAGCAACGUUUCCACCGGAAUGCCACCUGGCACAGGGGGCAGCAUGCCGCCAUUGCUGGGCGGAACUGCCCUCGGAUGGAGCCAGUAUCCGGGACAGUAUCCCCAGCAGCAACACGGCAAACCGUACCGACCGUGGGGCGCCGAACUGGCCUAUUGA